AUGCCCCAAUGGGACAUCCUCCUAUGCCCCACCCUCGGUUUCACGCCUUCCCAUUCCCCAUCUCCCCUUGUCCAUCCCUACCUUUCCCCCUUGUCCUUCCCUCACUAUUCUUCUUGUCCUUCCCUCUAUUUCCUCCUUGCUCAUCCCUCUCUGUCCUAUUCUUGUCCUUCCUUCCCUCUCCCCUUGUCCUUCCCCCUGUUUCCUCCUUGCCCAUCCCUCCCUUUCCCAUUUGUCCUUCCCUCACUAUCCCCUUGUCCUCCCCUCUGUUUCCUCCUUGCCUAUCCUUCCCUUUCCCAGUUGUCCUUCCCUCCCUCUCCCCUUGUCCUUCCCUCUGUUUCGUCCUUGCUCAUCCUUCCCUUUCCAUUUGUUGCUCUCUCCUUCUCCCCUUGUCCUUCCCUCUGA